AUUCCACUCGCACGCGGCAACAAAAGAUAGCCAUCAAGUGGGGCCCGGAACGUAAACAAAUGACAAUCGUUUUCGCACUUUGGGUUUGAAGAGCAUUUUUCGGAACGACACCGGGCGGGAGAGUUCGAAUCCUCGGAGGGACGUGGGCAAACCGGCACCCAAAAAUGCUCGCUGGUCGGGUCGGGAGAGCGUUUUACGUGAAUAGCAGCAGAUAAAGUUACUGGAGCGGUUGAUGCGAGUUAAUUUUUUUUAUCGGGCGACAGUAAAAUGUUAAUAAAUCGACGACUCUGUAGGCUGGUUCGAUAAUACAUAGACCUCCCAGGAGGGGUUUUAGUGUGGACUAGUUUUUUUUAUAUGGACAGUGGUGUGCCUGUUUGGACGUUUUAGUUAAUUUUUCGAAAUGGUUGGGAAGGUGGAUUAUUCAAGCGUCCCCACGACGGUGGACCUGGAGAACAACUCCAACCAGAAAAAAUACACGAUAAACCGGAGCUCCGGCAAAGGCCUAGUGAUAUCGAAACCCCUCUGCGUCCUAAUGGCAAUAGGAGCCCUCCUCUUGGCUGUUCUGGUGGGUCUCAUAGUUUUCUUUUUAGUUCCUAGAUACUGCAAUGGGGAAGAAACACCCGAAGCCUUAGUCAAAAAUCAGGGAAUAAGUGAAGCAACGUCUACUGCUCUUUCAAUUGAAGAUGAUAGUGUCGACGAGAGGUUGCCUAGGAGUAUAGAACCCACACAUUACAGGAUGCAGAUAGCACCAAAUUUUUAUAACUCAACGACCUCAGGUGCUGAAACCAUCACGCUGAAGGCUAUAGAAGACACUAACUUAAUAAUAUUUCACGUUAAUAAUAUAACUAUUGAUAAGCAUUCCGUCAUUGUUAAAUCCACCAAAUUUGACUCUAAACCCAUCGAAAUAAAUGAUCAGGACUACAUACAGGGACAAAAAUACAGGAUUCACUUGAAUGAGCAAUUGAAGAAGGGGGAAGAAUAUCAGCUCGAUAUGAAAUUCAAUGGGGAACUGAACAAGCAUCUUCAGGGAUUCUACAGGAGUCAGUACAACGACAGGUUAGGGAACGAAAGAUACACAGCAAGUACACAGUUUUCACCCACAGAUGCAAGAAGGGCUUUCCCAUGCUUCGACGAACCUUCUUUCAAAGCCAAAUUUACGAUCAGCCUGGCGAGACCAUCCAAUAUGACCACUUUGUCUAAUAUGCCUCUAACUACCACUGUUCAGGCAGUUGAACAAAAUGAAACCUUAUCGUGGGACCACUACCCAGAGACGCCGAAAAUGUCGACUUAUCUAGUUGCUUUCAUAGUGAGCAACCUGAAACCACUCUCCAUCAACACCAACGGCAUAAUUAAAGUUUGGGCCCGUGAAGAAUUCUUACCGUAUGCUAGAUAUGCUGCAGAAAUCGCGCCACAGAUCCUUGACUACUUUGAGAAAUAUUUUGGAAUUCUCUAUCCGCUACCUAAGAUGGACAUUGUGGCCGUUCCAGAGUUUGGAUUCAGCGCUAUGGAAAACUGGGGUUUGAUAACAUUCAGGGAGAGCAGUUUACUUUUUGACCCCAGUAGUUCGACCAAUGAAGACAUGAGAACGAUCGCCACUGUUUUGUCCCACGAGAUUGCCCACCAAUGGUUCGGCAAUCUGGUAACCCCGAAAUGGUGGAAUGACCUGUGGUUGAAAGAGGGGUUUGCCAGUUACCUGCAGUAUUUCGGAGUCAAUUACACUGAACCAAAAUGGAAAAUAGCGGACGAAUUCAUAGCGACGGAAACGCAGAAGGCUAUGAACAUCGACGCUCUGGAAUCGUCAAGGCCUAUUUCCUUCGAGGUGAAGAAUAGCAGGCAAAUUAGGCAGGCUUUUGACGAUAUCUCUUACUCGAAAGGUGCUGCCAUAAUCCGAAUGAUGAACCACUUUUUGGGCGAAGAAGUGUUUAAAAAUGGCUUGAUCAAUUUCCUCAAAAAACACCAAAACGGCAACGCAGAUAGACAAGACCUAUUCACUUCCUUAACUACCGAAGCUCAUGAUGCAGGUGUUUUACUACAGAAUGAAACCGUAAAACACAUUAUGGACACAUGGACGGAAAAACCUGGGUUUCCUUUAGUUACAGCCAGAGCCGAUUACGAGAACAAGAGAUUACAUAUUACCCAGAGAAGGUUCUACUUAAACGACAAGGAAGAGAGAUCAUCAUGGUGGGUGCCAUUAUCCUUCACCACGAGUAAUGAAGCAAUAGAUUUCUCGGAUACGAGGCCGAAGUUUUGGUUAAGAGGUGAAUACGAAAUCGUGGAAGAGGUCGACUUAGACGAGUGGUAUCUCCUAAAUCUCAAUCAAACAGGAUACUUCAUAGUCAACUACGACGAAAAGAACUGGAAAUCUCUCAUCGACCACAUAAUGGACCUGCCGCCCAUAAUAAGGGCGCAAUUAAUAAGCGAUUCGAUGGAAUUAGCCCGAGCCAACGUUCUAGACUACGACAUUCCCCUUAGAAUGAUCGCCAGGAUGGCAGUUCAAGAUCGCUCCAUCAUGUUCGUGCCCACCCUGAUCGCCUUCAAGAAACUCAAAUUCUUAAGCGACAUCCUAUCGGCAACGCCUGCUUUUGGCCAUUUCGAAGAAUACCACAGAGCCAUUUUCAAAUCGACGUACAUGAUGGUUACUUUCGAUGACGUUAUCGACGAUUAUAUCACGAGGAGAAUACGUCAAACCGUUUUGGAAUGGUCUUGCAUGAGUCCAGAUUCUACAUGUGUCCACCAGUCGAGGUCUCGAUUUAGACAGUUGAUGAUAAAUAAUCACGGAGUGGAACCCAAUCUGCGAGGAGUGGUUUACUGCACCGCCGUCAGAGAAGGUACCGAAAUAGAAUGGGACUUUGCGUAUCAGAGAUAUUUGGAGACGCAGACACCAUCGGAGAAAAAUAUGCUACUAGACGCUUUGGGCUGCACUAAGUUGAGUUGGUUGUUGUCCAGAUACGUUAAAAAAUUACUUGACGACCCCAGCAUCAGAAUUCAAGAUGCCGAUAGAGUGUUCGAAUCUGUGGCCAAGAACCGAGUAGGAACACAAAUCGCUUUCGAUUUCUUGAGGAAGAACUGGAAUGAGCUUUUAAAUCAUUACGGAGAUGGAUUCAAUAUAUUAGCCAAAAUGAUCAAAGCGUUAGCACCGCAUAUGAACACGGAAUUUCAACUGUCAGAGUUGGAAAGGUUCAAGAACAGCAUAAAGACCAACAUCAGUACCACAGCAAGUGCCUUUGAAAGUGCCAUAGAAACAGUAAAAUCCAAUGUGGAUUGGAUGAAGAAGAACUAUAACCAAGUAGAGCAAUGGUUUAUUAAAAAUAAGGAGCGUUUUGUAUUUUUGUAAAUUUCUUUUCCCUAUCAACUGUAAAUUUUCCUUUUUGUAUCAUGGAUUCAAUUGUGAAAAAAGAACGGUACUAUAUUUUUAAGAUUCUCACUCAGUAUUUUUAGGUUUGUACAUUUUACUUGCGAUAAGUGUGUUAUAUAAGCUAAGUCUUGAUUUAUUUUUACACCAUAUUAAUAUUAAAUGCUACUUAAUUUAUUGUAAUAUUUAUAUUAAA